AUGGAGCAUCCAGACUUUGCUUUCAGCCCAUACUCGUGGCCGCCUACCUCAUCGACACAGUUCCCACUUGAAUCCGUCUCGCCUCUUUCAAUCGGCCUGCACGAUGAUGAUCUCCACGCAGUCCUCACAAACCUCGAUCUGGCACACUCGAACAUCUAUCAAAACACCUACACAAGUCAUCCCGGAGCAAUGCCAAUCUCUCCCACGUUCCAACCUAGAUCGUGCCCAGCCACAUGGCAACCUUUGCCUCGUGGCGAUAGCCUUCCAGACUAUCCAAAAAUCAAACGUAGCCGAGCAAAAUCAGACAUGUGUCGUCGACACCCAUCAAAAUCACUCUCGGACAGAUCGGAGGACUCCAGUCAAGACAGCCGGCCACGAUGCUUCGAACAUGGAUGUAACGGGAGGUCGUUCUCAAAUAUGGACAACUAUAAGCGUCACAUGCGGGAGCAGCGGAGUCAGACCAGUAUUCAAUGUCCCUUUUGCAACAAGGAAUUCAGCCGCAAGAGUAAUAUGGACACACACGUGGCCAAGAAGAGGUGCAAAGUGGUGAAUACUUGGUUAUCUGAGACGGAUUGGAGUACGGUUUGA